CUUUAAUGAAGGACAAAAGUGUCACGCAGAAAUGUCUGGGCGAGUUCAGUAAACUUCUGGGUGUAUGAAGAGAACGCACUUGAUUUUUACUUGCCCCGCCACUUCCAUAUCAGACCAUCGUCAUCUUCCCGGGCAGGGAACCCUAGUCAGCUCUCAUGGCUGAACCCAGCUCCAAAAGGGCGAAAAUCACCAGGGGAGAAGAUGACUAUAUGCCUGGGAACAUUAUGGAGAUUGAGCUUCAUAAUUUCAUGACAUUUAGCCAGCUGAAGUGCAAACCUGGUUCAAGGUUAAACCUCGUAAUUGGACCUAAUGGCUCUGGUAAGAGCUCACUUGUUUGUGCAAUUGCCCUUGGCCUUGGCGGGGAGCCUCAGCUUUUGGGAAGAGCAUCUAGUGUAGGAGCCUUUGUAAAGCGUGGAGAAGAUACAGGGUAUAUUAAAAUAUCCUUGAGAGGGGAUACUAAGGAGGAGACACUCAAUAUCAUGCGGAAGAUAGAUGCCAAGAACAAGUCUGAAUGGCUAUUUAAUGGAAAAGUUGUGCCAAAAAAGCAUGUACUUGAAAUCAUUCAAAGGUUUAACAUCCAAGUGAACAACUUGACUCAAUUUCUGCCACAAGACAGGGUUUGUGAGUUUGCUAAAUUGACUCCCAUUCAACUCCUUGAAGAGACUGAAAAAGCUGUGGGUGAUCCUAGGCUGCCUGUCAUGCAUAGUUCACUUGUCACUAAGAGUGAGGAACUGAAGAAACUUGAGCGAACCAUACAGAGUGGCAAAGAAACUUUAGAUCAACUGAAGCAAGCCAAUGCUGAAAUUGAAGGUGAUGUUGAACGCUUCCGUCAGAGGGAUCAACUCCUAUCAAAGGCUGAGCAGAUGAAGAUGAAAUUGCCAUGGCUGCAAUAUGACAUAAAAAGAGCUGCAUUUCGUGAAGCUAAAGAUCGAGAGAAAGAUGCUAAGGAAAAGCUGGAUGAUGCAGCUAAGACUUUGCAUGAACUUAUGGAACCUAUUGAGAGGAAGAAAAAAGAGAGAACUGCACAGGAUGGUAAAUGUAAGAAACUUUCUAAUCUUUUGGACAACAAUGCUGAAAAGCGCAUGAACAUACUGGAUCGUGAUGAACUUUUGAGUUCACAGAUACACAGGAAACAUAAAGAAAUGGAAGAUUUAAGGAAGCAGGAAGAAUCUCGUCAAGAACAGCUUUCUAAAGCUCUAAGCGAUCUCAGAGAUGCUGAAUUAGAUCUCUCAAACUUUUCUACUUCUGGACCUCCCAAAGACCAACUGGAAGGCUUGCGCACAAAAAUUCUUGAACUGCAAGAUGCUGCAAGAGAACUGAGGUCUCAUAAAUCAGAAACAGAGAGAUCCCUAGAACGGAAUAGGGCUGCCUCAAGGCAGUUUGCAGAAAAGUUGACUGAAAUGGAGAACACAAACAACAAGCGCUUACGUGCAUUGCAGAGCUCUGGUACUGAUAAGAUUUUUGAGGCUCAUCGUUGGGUGAAGGAACAUCGUGAUCAAUUCAAAAAGGAUGUUUAUGGACCAGUUUUGGUAGAGGUUAACAUUGCAAACACUACCCAUGCGAAUUAUCUCGAGGGUCAUAUUCCAUUUUAUGCCUGGAAGGCAUUUAUUACACAAGAUUCUGCUGACCGUGACUUAUUGGUUAGAAACCUCAAGUUAUACGAUGUCCCAAUCUUAAACUAUACAGGGGCUGAUGGUCGCAAUAGAGCGCCUUUUCUAUUAACUGAGGAGAUGCGUAAGCUAGGCAUCUAUUCAAGGCUUGAUCAAAUAUUUGAUGCUCCAGUUGCUGUCAAAGAAGUUCUGAUAAGCCAAUUUGGGCUGGAACAUUCGUAUAUAGGAUCCAGAGAGACUGAUAAAAAAGCUGAUCAAAUAUCACGAUUAGGACUUUCUGAUUUCUGGACACCAGAGAGCCAUUACCGAUGGAUAAAAUCAAGAUACGGUCCCAAUGUUUCCGCAAGUGUGGAACCUGUUAAACAAUCACGUCUUCUUCUCUCCAAUAUGGAAGCUGGAGAGGUCGACAAGCUUCAGACCCAGAAAAGAGAGCUGGAUGAAGUUGCCCAUUCUUUGGAAGAGAAGUUAGGGAUGUUAAAGGUUGAGCUAAGAAACAUAGAAAAUGAAGGAGCUCAACUUGAAAAGCAACGUGAGGAGCUUAUUAAUGCCUCACGUCUGGAGAGGAGGAAAAAAACAGAAUUGGAAAAACGUGUUGAUCAGCGGAAGUUGAAAUUACAAUCUUUGGAACAAGAGAGUGACUUGGAUAGCAUCAUUGCUAAUUCUAGUAAACAGGUUACAGAACUGAAGGUUCAGCGAUUCAAGUGUGCAGUUCAACUCAAGACGCUACUCACCGAAGCUGCUGUUAAUCGAAGAGUUUAUGCUGAACAAAGCAUGGCCUUGCUUGAGAUUGAAUUUAAGAUUAAAGAGAUGGAAUCAAAAGUGAAGCAUCAGGAAAAGUUCGCUGAGCAAGCUGCUUUGCAUUAUGAUCACUGCAAAAAGGAAACGGAGGAUCGCUAUGAUCAAGCGGAAGCUGCUAAGAGGCAUGCUCAAUCCAUCACAUUGAUAACUCCAGAAUUGGAACAAGCGUUCCUUGAGAUGCCUUCCACCAUUGAAGAAUUGGAAGCUGCUAUACAAGAUACUAUUUAUCAAGCCAAUUCUAUCCUUUGUCUUAACCCAAAUGCCCUAGAACAAUAUGAGACUCGCCAGAAAAAAAUUGAAUCCCUUUCAAAAAAAUAUGAAAUGGAUGAAAAUGAAUUGAGUUGUAAUUUAAAUGAUAUUAAUACUCUAAAGGAAAGUUGGCUUCCAAGAUUGAGAAACCUUGUCUCACAGAUAAAUGACACUUUCAGUCGCAAUUUUAGAGAAAUGGCUGUUGCUGGAGAGGUUUCAUUGGAUGAACAUGAUAUGGACUUCGAUAAAUAUGGGGUUCUAAUUAGAGUGCAAUUCAGGGAAACUGGACAGCUUCAAAUUCUUAGUGCUCACCACCAGUCUGGAGGAGAGCGUUCUGUUUCAACUAUUCUUUACCUUGUUUCUCUUCAAGACCUAACUACUUGCCCUUUUAGAGUUGUUGACGAAAUAAAUCAAGGAAUGGAUCCGAUUAAUGAAAGGAAAAUGUUCCAGCAAUUAGUCAGAGCAGCCAGUCAACCCAAUACACCACAGUGCUUCCUACUGACUCCAAAACUGCUACCUAAUCUAGAAUAUAGUGAAGCAUGCAGCAUUUUGACUGUUAUGAAUGGGCCAUGGAUCGAUCAGCCUUCAAAAGCAUGGAGCAAUGGAGAAAACUGGAGAUCGGUCAUGGGAUCAUUUGAAGAGAGGUGUCACUAGUAAGGCAGUAAAUCAUGCAUAGCUUUCUUUUGGAAGUGUGCAGUAUGCCUGUAUAUAUGUAAUUUGCUGAUGAUUUGGAAGUAGACAAGUAGUUAUUAUCCCUCUAACAUUUUUUGGCGUUUUCAGCGAUCAAUUUAGAGUUCUCGAAUGCACUAUAACAUGUAAUCUUAUUUUCUUGGCUUAUUUGUAUUUAUAGUAGAUGAUUUUUUUUUGUGUGCGUGUAAUUGAAUAAAGAAAACUAGGUGUUAGGCCAAGAUCAUCUCCUUAUUGAGUUAUGAUUACUCGAUACAUUUUGGCUCCGUAUAUGGGUUGUUGCUCAUUAUUUAAUUUAAUAAUAUUAAGUUUAAUGA